AUGAACAAGCCCUGGCCGCCUCCUCCUGUGAAAGCGAGAUAUGGCAAGAUGAGGUUCAAUAUCGACGACAUCAGAAUGAACAUUGUGGAAGAAGAUGUGGAAGUCCCCAUGGAUUCCCAGCCGUCAAGAAAGCUGACGAUGACCUUCGAAAAGCACUUCUCCAGGCGAUUCAGCUCCACCCUCGGCGAUGAAACUGACAGGCGCGCGGAGGCGAAGACUUUCAGCAUGAGCAGCGACCUGUCCACCGGGAGGAAGCGGUCAGAGUCCAAGAAGAAGAAAUCCAAGGAGGACAGGAGGCAAGCGCUGAAGCAGAUCGAGGAUACGGUGGACUACGCCGUAAAGCUCAUGAACAUAAGUGCUGGUCGGAAGGAAGGUCUUGAGGACAGCUUCUACAAGCACUCAGAACGGACGGCUGGACUUCUUCGGAGCGAGGGCUUGCGAAAGGCACUGGCAGAGGCAGGCAUCAAGCCCACGACCUUUCGAGAGCGAGAACAGGUCCGGGAGGUGCAGGAGGUCAUCAUCAACAAGUUUCGCUCCGAAGAAGACGAUCAUGAGGUCGAUGGCAUCAAGAAUCCACUCAAGGAUCGACGCGGCGCUUGGCGGCUGGUGGAGUUCUUGGCCAUGGCUGCGACCUGCAGAGAGUUGGCUCGUCAGGAAGAGCUUCAAGUCGAGCAGGCUCUUGCUGACCAGCAUGGCUGUGAAUUGGCCACAGUCCGUGAUCUUCACCAGGUGUACGAGGAGAUGAGGAGGCAGGAGACAAUGGUGCUCAAGGACUUUGUCUUCAUAUUGGAGAAGCUUGGGUUACCGCUCCCGCCCGACAAGGACUUGGCCAUGUUGCUGGACGUCCCUUUAGCAGCCGGAAACUCUUUAAGUCCGCAGCGGAAGAUCCCUUUUGCCAUGUUCCUCCCCGCAAUGCUGAAGGUCCAGGGCAUUCUGGAAGAAGAUGCAGAGAACGGCGAGUUCGAAAUCGAUGAUGGGGACAAUGCCGAUGUGGCAGCUUGA